AACUGCCUUUUGAAUCAAAGUCUGUAGGUUUGCAGUGAACAAGCUGACGAGAGUCACAGGCAGAGAUGGGAUGUAGCGGACUCUGUGUCUUGGCUAUCAUCCUGGUCUCAGAAGUGAGGAGAAAGCAGUAAAGAUCAGCACCAGCCCCUUGGCAACUAGGCAACUUAGAGGAGGAUGUCCUAUCAAGAUGAAUAUGGCUCAUUCAAGAAUUAACUCUCUACUCAUCUUCUACCUCAGUUUUUUGCUGCUCAUCCAUUUAAAAAAGUCACUUAGCAUAAGAAAUGAUUCCAGGUGCCUGUCAAACUCUUGCCAAAAGAACUCUACAUGUGAUGCUGCUGCUAAGGACGAUUCCUGCCGCUGUGCGGACACAGUUGAUAUUUUGGGGGAAGACUGCAAUAAAACUGAUGAUCCUUGCUCCUCAAACCCUUGUCUUCAAAAUGCUACCUGUUUAAGCACUGCAGGAAACCUCAGCUUUACUUGUGAAUGCCCCACUGGGUACAGUGGAACUACCUGUGAAACAGCCAUCAGCCUCUGUGACACAAACCCUUGUAGACAUGGAGGCACUUGUCAGAAUGGCUUGGCUGGCCCGACCUGUGUUUGUAGUGCAGGAUACACGGGCAUGCUGUGCGAGACUUACUUCAAUGUGUGCAUUUCAAAUCCAUGCCACAAUGGAGCAUUGUGCAGGGAAGGAAUUGACGGGUACUCCUGCUACUGUGUCCCAGGCUACCAAGGCAAGCACUGUGACCUGGAAGUGAAUGAAUGUGAUUCAGAUCCCUGCUUGAAUGGGGCUACGUGCCUGAACCAGAUAGGCAAGUAUGACUGCAUCUGCCCAGCUGAGUACAUGGGUAUAAACUGUGAGCUGGAAAUUGACGAGUGUUUGUCACAGCCUUGUCUAAAUGGUGCAACCUGUCAUGAUACUUUGGGUAGCUAUUUCUGUUCCUGUGCACUUGGAUUCCUAGGUGAACUCUGUGAAAUCAACAUUGAUGAGUGUGCCAGUCAGCCAUGCCUCAAUGGAGGGCAGUGUAUAGAUGAUAUCAAUAGGUAUAGCUGCAACUGUACCAGUAGUGGAUUUACGGGCCUGAACUGUGAAAUCUUAAUUUCCUUAUGCCAGUCACAACCAUGCCACAAUAAUGCUACCUGUGAGGACAGCGCUGAGAAUUAUACAUGCCACUGUUGGCCAGGGUAUGCAGGUUCCCAUUGUGAGAUUGAUGUAAAUGAAUGCAGCAGUAAUCCGUGCUUCUACGAGAGUGAAUGUGUGGAGCGGUCCUGGACAACCUGGUAUGGACGUAUUCUAGAACUGCCAGCAGAUUUCAGCUACAACAGAGCAUCAGGUUAUGUGUGUAAUUGUCGCCCAGGAUUCACAGGUAUUCACUGUGAAGAAGACAUUAAUGAAUGUUACAUGAACCCUUGCCAAAAUGGUGGCACUUGUGAGAAUUUUCCUGGAAAUUACACUUGUCAUUGCCCAUUUGGAGAGAAGGAGGGGAUUUCUUUUGGUGGCAGGAACUGUACUGAGGUCCUCCUUGGCUGCAAUGACCAUCAAUGCAAAAACAGUGGUUUAUGUAUCCCACAUCUAAAAAAUGGCCACCAUGGAUCCAGCUGCAUCUGCCCACCUGGGUAUACUGGAACACACUGUGAAACAAUAACCACCUUUUCUUUUGAGGGAAAUGGUUUCCUGUGGGUGAACAGUGACAUGACCGCUGUACAGGGAUCUUUCUAUAACAUAAACCUGAGGUUUCAGACUGUGCAACCUACAGCUUUUAUAUUUCACCGCGGGAAGAAAGAUACGUUUGUCACGUUGGAGUUACUGAACGGCUACUUACGCUUAUUCAUGCAAGUCAAUAACCAGCCACAGGUUCUUUUGCAUAUUUCACAUAAUGUCAGUGAUGGAGAAUGGCAUUCUGUGGAGGUAACCUUAGCAAGAGCUGUUACCCUUAAUCUACUUGACAGCUCUUGUAUAGAAUCAUGUGUCAAUAAAUCUACUGCUGCAAUAGAUAGUGAUCAACUGAUGCUUGCAUUUCAGAACAUAUUUUUGGGUGGUUUACGAGAGGGAAACAUGAGCAGUGACUCUCCACCUAACAUCUAUAAUAUGCAUUCGGCACCUUCAUUUGUAGGCUGUCUUCAGGACAUUGAAAUAGACUUGAACAUUAUUACCCCUGAGAACAUAUCAAGUGAAACAUCUUUAAAUGUCAAAUCAGGCUGUACGAAACAGGACAGGUGUGAAAACCACCCUUGUCAAAAUAGGGGACGCUGCAUCAACUUGUGGCUGAGUUAUCAAUGUGACUGCUACAGGCCCUACACAGGGCCAAACUGUUCAACAGAGUACAUGCCAGGCCGAUUUGGACGUGAGGACUCCUCGGGGUAUGCUGCUUUUUCUGUUGAUGCUGGUCAGAACGAAAACAUGACUAUAUCAAUGUUUGUCCGAACACGGAAGUCUUCUGGCUUGUUACUAGCUGUGAGGAACAGUACAUCUCUGUAUAUAAGGAUCUGGUUGGAAGAUGGGAAACUAGUCAUGUUAGCCUCAAAUUCCACCAAAUUGUUCGGCACAUGGACUGUGAGUGAUGGAAAUUUUUACUUAAUAUCAUUAAAAAUACAGCCAAAUAGGGCUGAAUUGUUCCAGUCAUCUCAACAGCUAGGCUACAUUUCUACUCCAAUACUAACAGUCCAAAGUAGGGAUAUUCUCUAUAUUGGAGGACUACCAGACAAACAAGAAACUGAUAUAAAUGGUGGGUAUUUUAAAGGCUGUAUCCAAGAUUUAAGACUGAAUAACCAACAACUGGAAUUUUUCCCCAUUACCACAUCACUGUAUUCUGUCAUCAACCGAACACUGAUCAACGUGACCCAGGGCUGUACUGGUGACAAUCUUUGCAAGUCCAACCCUUGCCACAAUGGCGGCAUUUGCUAUUCUAUCUGGGACGACUUCACUUGCACAUGCCCCCCAAACACAGCAGGGAAAGCAUGCGAGGAAGUUAAGUGGUGUGAGCUCAGCCCUUGUCCUCAUGAAGCACAGUGCCAGCUGGUACACCAAGGAUUUGAAUGUGUUGCCAAUGCAGUGUUUAGCGGCAGAAGCAGUGCAAUAUUUUACAGAACCAAUGGGAAGAUACGGAGAGACCUCACCAACAUUGUCUUUGGCUUUCGGACUAGGGAUGCUGAUGUGAUACUGCUGUAUGCUGAGAAGGAGCCAGAGUUCAUUACCAUUCGCAUUCAGAACACCAGGCUAGUGUUUCAGCUGCAAAGCGGCAACGGCUUUUACGUGCUGACCCUAGCUAGUUCACAGCCCGUGAAUGAUGGGAAAUGGCACCAAGUGAUUCUCUCGAUGACAGAACCCCUAUCCCAGUCGUCUAGAUGGCACAUUGAUAUAGAUGAUAAAAAAGACACUGCAACGAGUACAGUCGCCACAGGAAGCCUCAACUUCCUAAGAGAAGAAAUAGAUAUUUAUGUUGCCGACAAAGCUUUUGACAAUCUGGAUGGCCUAAGGGGAUGCAUGAGCACUAUAGAAAUCAGCGGCAUUUAUCUCUCGUACAUUGAAAAUUAUGGCGGUCACACAAAAAAACCUCAAGAAGAGCAAUUCCUCAAAAUAUCUGCAAAUUCUGUUGUUACUGGCUGUUUGCAAUUGGAUGCCUGCAGCUCUGAUCCCUGUAUGCACGAUGGGAUAUGUGAAGACUUAUAUAGUUACUAUCGUUGUACGUGUCCCAAGGGAUGGACUGGCAUGCACUGUGAAACCAGCAUUGAUGAAUGCUUUUCAAACCCCUGCAUUCAUGGAAACUGCUUGGAUAGAAUCGCAUCCUAUGAAUGCAGAUGUGACCCUGGUUAUACUGGGGUAAACUGUGAAGAGGACAUAGACAACUGCCGUGGUCACCUGUGUGCAAAUGGGGCAACUUGCAUAGAUGGAGUUAACACUUAUUCCUGCCUGUGUGCUGGUAACUUCACUGGAAAAUUUUGCAGGCACAUCAGGCUUCCUUUUUCCGUCUGUGGGAAUGAGAAGAGAAAUCUCACUUGUUACAAUUAUGGCAACUGUACUGAGCUCAAAGGCGAGUUGAGAUGUAUGUGCCUGCCAGGCUUUAGUGGAGAACGGUGUGAAACAGACAUUGAUGAGUGCAACUCUGAUCCAUGCAUGAAUGGAGGCCUCUGCCAGAACCUACUUAACAAAUACCAGUGCAUCUGUGAUGUAAACUAUGCUGGCGACAACUGUGAGGUAGAUUUGACAGCUGACUUGAUCUCGAACAUAUUCACCGCCAUUGGCUCAGUGACGUUAGCCUUAUUAUUGAUCCUCUUCUUGGCAAUUGUGAUUUCCGUCAUAGCUGCCAACAAACGGGCGACUCAAGGGACCUACAGCCCCAGCCGGCAGGAGAAAGAGGGAUCCCGUGUGGAGAUGUGGAACAUGGUGCAGCCGCCACCGAUGGAAAGACUGAUAUAGCAGAAAAGACUCCUCUGUGCUACACACUGGCAGGCAUCUGGCUGAAAGGAAAUAGAGUAAAUAUGAUGGAAAUGGUUGUUAAUUUUGUUUUUGAUACCAAGGAAUAUGUGAUGACUUUAGGGGCUGUUGAAAAUAUUUGGCAUUUAAUCCAAUAACCUUAAGGGUCUUCAGUAUUUGAGUGAACUUAUGCCAGCUUCUUGGACUUCUUGAACUUGGACCAGCUUCUCAAAGGACAAUUUUGCUUGCACUGGAAUUUUCAGCCUUGGUAAUCAGCAGUAUGCCUUACAGAGCGUAAUGGCUUCUGGGAUACAUGUAAGUGCCCGUCUCUCAGAUACACAGCUUCUGUUUUGCUUUUUCCUUUGACUGCCUAGUGAUCAUUGUUGCAGAAGACAAUGCAGAGAAAUAAAAUAAGCCUGUACAAUAAGUUCAUCAUAAUUAUGUCAUGAGAGGUAUUAGCAUUAGAACUGUGUCUCAGCAUAUCUAUUUUCAUUCUUUAAUCAGGGAUUAAAAGGAAGGUCUGGGGAAGCUCCGGGGAAGCUCCCCAUGAAGCGAAAUAAACCUUUCAAAAGUUAUUGGCUUGCUUCCCUUCAAUGCACUAAUUUCACCUGCUGUUUCACCACCCUUUUCUAAUGCCAGUAGCCUCCUGUGACAAACACAUGCCGUUCUUUAAGUGUAAGGGGACUGUUGCCCCCUUACUAACAUUCAGUGGGGUGUUUUAGUUGCUAGCUCCCAGUACUAAAAAGGAGAAGGGUCUCUGGGAAAUCAGGACCUUGAGACUGAUAGUCCCCAGGAACAAUGGGGAGAGGCCAAUGCUCCAGGUCAGCCUGAAUGACAGGGCGAACAGGAUAAUCAGGGAGUCAGGAGGCCAGGGAGGUCCCAUCCUCCGUGUGAGCUGGAUUUGCCUGGGUCAGACAGAGUGGGGCCGAGCUAAGGAGAAAGCAGGGGCCCAAGCUAAGCUGGGGAGCAGAGCGGUGCCAGAGCCAGAGGGGCCAGAAAAGCAGCCCAGGAAGCAGGUCAGUGCUGGAAGCAGAGUCACAGAAGCAGCCUGAAGAGAAGACCUGUCCUGGGAGCAGAGCUGUAGCAACCAGAGGCAGAGGGGCCAAAGAAGCAGCCCAGGGUGCUGGAGGCAGAGCAGCAGAGACAGAGGGAUGGAGCUGGGGCUGGAGCAGUCCAGAGCUGGGUGUGUUGAGCAGCUGAGGAGAGUGAGAGGGACUUUGGGCAGUGGGCCCAGCACAGGAAGACGCCUCAGCCAAGAGGCUCUGCAGGCCAGGCUUGGAUCAUAACCCCGCCAGGGCAGGGGCGACACUGGGAAGAAGGGUCCUACCACUUAGAGCCUGAGAGUGUGUGGCCACCACCAGAGCAAGUGUCCAACCCACAGCCAGGGCCUGAGAAGAAGGCUUGGGACUUACAAGGAACAGGCCGUGAACUGCCCUGACAUUCCAGAGACACUGUUUGUGAUGUUCCCUGCCACAGAGCAGGGUGAUGUGUUUUCCUUUAACCUUUUCCAUUUUUCCUUAUUCUUUUUAAAAUUAAUUGUUGAUUAAAUAACUUGUAUUUGCUUUAAAUUGUAUGUAAUGGUCAGUGGGUCAGGGAAAUGCCCAGUGCAGAGAGAGUACCCCGGAGUGGGGAUACCCUAGCCCCUGUCCUAGGUGACCACAGCAGGGUUGGGGGUCGAGCCCCCCAGGAAUCCUGGGCCCAGCCUUGUCAGGGUUAUGAGGACUCUGCCAGACAGGAGAGUGGAAGGGGAGUCCUCAAGGGCAGGGAGGCCACUGGGUAAAGGAAGUGGGAGUGAGGACUUAGAUCCUUUCGCUAGCCCACUUCACUGGGGUAGUGCAGAAGCCAGGAAAGUUCCCCACAAUAGCGGGACUAUUCUCCCGCUUACACAAGCAUCAGAAACGACACUCGAAACUGUUAAGGUGACACAGGUUAUUUAACCAGACCUCUUUCAAUGCAUGGAAUCUAAACAUCAUUUCAACCCUACAUUCCCCACUGUCUUGUUCUGACUACAUCACUACACUAACGUGCACUACUAGCCCUCAUGCAACCCAGGUCAUAAAUAUACAUUAAGUACAAAACAGACAAGCUUGCUCAAAAAUGUGUUGCCCAAGAUUGCUGGAAAAUAUCAGAAAAGGAGAAGAAUUGUCUUGUACCAAAAGCACCAGACUGGGAAUCAUGAGAUAUGGGUUCCCAGCUCUUCAACAGAUUUCACAUGUGACCUUGGGCAAGUCAUUCACCUUUCUGUGCCUCGGUUUCCCUCCAAUGAGGGAUGAUACUAUUUGCCUACCUCAUUUCCGUGAUAUGUGUCAAAACUUUUGUUGGAAGAGCUAGAGAAAUGUAGAAUAUAAUUGAUGGAGCAAAGGAAAGUUUGGAAAGUCUCCGAACAAUACAGACACAAAGGGGUAAUUUUUCAACAGGACUUCAGGCUCAACUACCCCAUUGGUGGGGGUAACUAGCACCUGCCAAAAUGCAUCCACAUUGUUUUGUGCUUAUAAGUUAAAUGUAGGUGCAGGUGUUGUAAGCACACAUCUGGCUAGCUGAUUUGCAUAUAUAGUCAGGUAGUUAAAGCGUAACUAAGCUUUAAGCUCCCACAAAUGCUCGCAGAAUGGAGGCGAGGCCAGGGAAAAUUUGCCCCCUUCCCCAAAUUACUUCUCCUGGAGUUCCAAGUGCAUAGCGUUUUUCAUAUCCCCUCAAUCCGUCCCCAGAUUUUGACAUGUAGAUAGCUCAAAUGGUUAUGCCAGUACUACAACUGAGAUCAGCUGGGAUCUACUACUAAGCAUCCCACUUUUUAAAUGGCUAAACCACAGUUCUCAAUGGGCUACUGAGGACCAAAUCUGACCAAAGCUUAUAUUCUUUAUGGACUAUCAGCUGAUCACAGAGAACAAUCAGGGGAGGAAGGGCGGAACAAGCUGCUGUCCAGCCCUAAAACACCUAGUGAAUUAGGAAACCAACAGAAACCAGCACAGAAGCUCCUUAGUUACAACUCCUACAGCUCCACUGAAGUCAAAUACCUUGUACUCAAUGGAAUUGCAGAGACUAUAAAGCUAGGGUAGAAUUUGCUGCACCCUGUAUUUUGAAUGAGUAAAUGUCAGUUAUCUUUUAAGCUGCUCCUGACUUCAAUGAACCCAAAUGGCAGCUACUAACAGAAAGCAAGAAACAAAAAAUAUUAUAGUAGAUACAGUGGAGCUUUAGCUGAGCCGUUGGCAGGGUUUGAUUUGUUUAUUAUUAUAUUCAGAUGACUGACACUGAGGCCCUCAGCACUAGCUUAUAACUUAGCUUAGCCAUUAUAGUAUGAGACUAGUCCUGAUGGUUCAGACGAAUAAGGAACACAAGGAGAUUUGGUAUGUAUAGAGCUAGGCAAAAUUUUUCAGAUAAAACUUAUUGCACCAAAAAAUUGAAGAUUUGGAUCAACCAACACAUGCAACACACCCACUGAGCCCCAAACACAAUCCCAUCCACCGUUUUGGCAUCAUCACCGCCCCAAGCUGCUCCUCACAUAUCUCUAGUGGAAAGAGGUGGGACCCAGUACCUAUUAAAGAGCACAUACCACUAUCCAGUAGUGUAGGAUAGGAAGAGAUAGUGAGGCCUGCAUUCCAGUGAAACUCCAUGGAGAUUUAAACUAGGCAGCAUCUAAUUAUCCCAUCUGGAACCUGGCCAGGAUACAAGGUUUAAUAGAAUUAUACAUUACGACAGUAUGUGCCUUCUGCAUUUUUUUAAAUGUAAAAUUAACUCAAUUCUCUCUGCAAAUAUAAUUUUAUAGCAUGGGUGGUACAUAAUGUUAUUAUUUCUAUGUGCAGCCUUAAAAUACAGAAAUGGCAAACAAAUAGGGACUGUGGCAAAUCAUGCACAAGAACUGCCCAUGUUUUUGUUUUGUUCUGUGGGACUAUGUGAUCAGACAUUUAAAAAUAAAAUUAACCCCAGGCCAGAA